AUGGUUCAACGCUUCGUUGAAAUGGAACAGUACAUUAGAGCCACACUGGCCAUUCUUAAAAAAGAUCUGCCUAUACCUACAAAUGAUGAAUGGAAACUUCUUUCAGACUUGAUAAAAAUUUUACAACCAUUCCAUCAAGCCACUGAAACAAUUAGUGGUGAAAAAUACAUGACCGGUAGUUUGGUCAUUGUAAUGACACGGUGCCUUAUAGCGGCGAGUGAUAAACUAACAACAGAGCCAAUUUUGGAAACAUCUAAAGAUGUCCUCUAUCGUCUCAGAACAGGACUGGUGACAAGAUUCGGCCUUGUGGAACGAAGCAAAACGUUCAGGACAUGCACGUUCCUCGAUCCUAGAUACAAAUUAUCUGUUUUUAGUGAUCAGAAUGAGGCCAAAAACACAAAAAAUCAUAUCCAGGAUAUUUUAGUUGCGAUGAUUGCUCAAGAGAGUUCACAGGAGGAACAAUUAUCUUCGAUUACAGCCAGUAAUAUAAAAACUGAUGGCUUUCGUGCUAUCCUGCACGAAAUAAUGGGCCAAAAGCAGCACAAAGUCGGAACUCCUUUAUCAAGGGCCAUUAAGGAGAUCGACACAUAUUUAAACGACGACCUGCAGCCAAUCUUCCAUGGCGACAAAUGGAGCUGUCCCCUUGAGUGGUGGCGUGGCCACAAAUUUACAUAUCCACAUCUUGCUAAACUUUUUCAAAAGUAUGGAAAUAUAAUGGCUUCAUCCGUUCCAUGUGAACGUAUAUUUAGCAAAACGGGCUUCUUAUUAAAUGACCGUAGGACCCGACUUACAUCCCAAAAAGUAAGACAACUUACCUUUUUAAAUGUAAAUUUAGAUGAAAAUAGGUUUACAUGA